GUGCAGCAACUGUUCAUUGCACUAAAGUUGUUCGAAAUGUGAACUUGGAGAAGUUGCGCCACAACUAUUUGUUUCCUGAGAUAGAAGCAAGGGCACUUGAACAUAUGAAGAAGUAUCCUGAUGCCAACAUCAUAAGGCUUGGAAUUGGUGAUACCACUGAGCCCAUUCCUGAUAUUAUAACUUCAAACAUGGCUGAGUAUGCAAAGGCUCUUUCAACACGCAAAGGAUACAAAGGUUAUGGUGCUGAACAAGGGCACAAGGCUUUAAGGAAGGCAAUUGCAGAGUCUUUUUACAAAGAUUUAGGUGUUAAAGAUGCAGAAGUUUUUGUCUCAGAUGGGUCACAGUGUGAUAUAUCUCGCCUUCAGCUGCUUCUGGGAUCAAGUGUUUCAGUUGCUGUACAGGAUCCAAAUUUCCCGGCAUAUAUGGAUUCAAGUGUUAUAAUAGGUCAAGCUGGAGACUUUUUAGAUGAAACACUAAAAUACAAAAACAUUGAGUACAUGACUUGUGGGCCCCAAAACAACUUCUUCCCUGACCUUUCAACCACAUCAAGAACAGAUAUUAUCUUUUUCUGCUCUCCAAAUAAUCCAACAGAUGGAAGCCCUAAAUCCAUUUAUGAAAUUCCUGGAUCAAGAGAGUGUGCUAUUGAAAUCUCAUCUUUCUCAAAGAUUGCUGGAUUCACGGGUGUACGUCUUGGUUGGACUGUGGUUCCUGAUGAGCUGUAUUAUGCAAAUAAAGUUCCUGUGAUACAUGAUUUUGAUCGAAUUGUAUGCACUUGUUUUAAUGGUGCUUCAAGCAUUGCUCAAGCUGGUGGACUCGCAUGUCUUUCCCCUGAUGGCUUCAAGGCAGUGAUGUCGGUGGUGGAUUACUACAAGGAAAAUGCAAAAAUAUUGGUGGAGACAUUUACAUCAUUAGGUCUAGUUGUAUAUGGUGGUGUAAAUGCACCAUAUGUAUGGGUGCAUUUCCCUGGAUCAAGAUCAUGGGACAUGUUCUCUGAGAUUCUCAACAAAACACAUAUAAUUACAGUUCCGGGCAGCGGGUUUGGGCCCGGGGGUGAAGGAUAUAUAAGGGUCACUGCUUUCGGGCAGAGAGAAAACAUAUUGGAAGCCUCGGUCAGGCUUAGAAACGUUAACUUGUAAUAAACACGUUAUAAUUUGAUUUUGGUGGAAGAAGACGUUAAUUUGAUUGAUUAUGAUCGGAUAUAAAGUGUAC